AUGUUGUUCAACGGUGUGUUUGUCGCGCUGUUUGCAGCCUGGACUAUCUCUGCAGCUGCAAACCCAGUCGCGGAACCCCAGCCCAACGAUGCACGCCUUCCUGAUGUACGCCUCUCGCCUCUCGAGGUGCGAGCUUUAAAGGAAGCUCAAAAGUAUCCUCCAGGCUACGUUCAUAAGAGAGUGACACUCGGAACCGGGAAGAACGCCAAAGAGGUCCCUAUCGUUGAAGCCGAUCCCGAUAUGCUUCUCCAUGGCGAGAAGGGGAUAAAAGCACGUUCCCUAGCACCGCGAGGAAGCUGCCUUAGUUUCCCUGCGUCAUCGUCAGGUUGCAUGAUCGACUACUGCUGGCUAGACAACGACGGGAAUACAUGGUCGAGAUUUAUCACCAUCAGCGGCAGCAACGGGCGGUCCAAUCCGAGGUCUGUGACAAGCAGUGACACGAGCAAACUUUCAUUCAAUUCUAUAUUUAACAACGGCUACGGCGGCUGGUUUCCGGAGGGCCAUGAAUGCUCCAACUCGGACACACAGAUUUACACCGAUCACAGCCUGUCCGCAGGCAUCAAAGGCACAGCCUAUAUCAAUCGUGUCCAGUGUAACAACUGCAACUUCGGAUUCCUUCGCUGCCUCUCGGAUAGCCUUAGAAACAACUUGAUUGCUUAUUCUAACGGCGUAAGCUCACAGUCAUCUUGUACCUGA